AUGCCAAGAUCACUCAUUCUGUUUUUAGGUUUAUUUGUACUGACUUGUUGUGAGACUGCAAAAGGUGCUUACUACGCAAAUGUGACUCAUUCUUCAGCAUUAUUUGAUGUCGUUUCUGGAUCAUCUCCAUCUUCCUCCAAUACAGGAGUAGGAACGGCAGGUUUUGCCUCCACUUCAGUGCCUCACAACAGUGAUGGGGCACUUACAACCGGAAUGCCAAUUCAUUUCUCUACCUUUACUUCUGCAUUGUGCCCCAAUUGUUUACUAGAGGAAACAGGCACAACAUAUAAUGGAGUUGAUCACACCAAGAGCAAAUCCGAUUCCACGCUCGCCUUUGAUUUCUCUUACUCAAUCCAUACAGAUUUGACAGAUUCCGCCUUUACAGAUACCGCCUUUACAGAUACCGCCUUUACAGAUACCGCCUUUACAGAUACCGCCUUUACAGUUCAACCAACUAACACACGGGGUACUGGUGCUAUUUCUUCCAUAUCUCAAGCCGUCUCUUUUGCGAUUUCUACCAUGCUUUCGGUAAGCUCUAUCUCCAAUAUUAAGAAUUCCAGCGGUUCGCAGUCAGUAAUUCUAUCGACAGAAACAGAAGUCUCUAGAACUGCAUUUUCUGAUCAGGGCUCAUAUUUUUCUACCAGCUCAACGACAGAUGAGUCAACCGAUCACGAAGGGAAAAAUUCGGUCCCAAUUACAUCAAUCAGUAAGAGUAGUUCGCAAAUUGGUAACAAGACGUCGACUACAUAUAGUCUAAGAUUGUCUACUCAGACCACAUCAACUCCUUCAACAACUAUAUUCUCGAGUAAUGAGAUCAACCCUUCAAUUACUUCUCUAGAGAUCGCCAGCAGUAAUAGUGAGUUCUUGUCAGGUGCUCUGAUUGCCAGUGGGACAGUUAGCAAUAUACCGAAUUAUUCAUCUAACACACAAAAUGGAAACAGUAACACUAGCUCUUCUGCUUCGAGAACCUUUUUGUCCAGUUUGACAGCUACCAUACAUAUUGAGACAUCCCCUGAUGCAUCAAGCAUUGGCUCAGCCAUUUUAGUUUCCGAUAUGCCUUCAGUAGAUUACGCAACCAGGGCAAACAAAACAAUCGGUGAAUCCGCAGUUUCCCAUCUGGAAAAAGGAAACACUACCACUAGUUUGCCCCCUUCAAACUAUGAUUUAUCGAAAGUCUUUGCUCAAACAACUAUUCCAGUGGCAUCAUUGCGGACAACAACGUCUGUGAACAAUGCUAGCUCUGUUGUGUCAUACACCACCGUCUUAUCGACGGUCAGUACCACCAGCAAUGGUGUCGUAACAGUGUACACUACAUGGUGUCCACUGGAAAGCACAUUGUCUCAUAACACCAGAUUUUCAGGUACAGAAGUGGAAUCGGUCUCGACAGCGCCAACCUCGAAUAGCCUGCUCACGGUGGACUCAUAUCCUGGAAGUACUUUAGACAGCAAUACACUAGAGGCAGCGAAUAACACUUCGAGCCAUACGAUAAGUCUUAAGGAGUCGACAAGUUACUCAUUAUCUAGUGUAAAUGUCCCCACCUCUUCAGUGGCUUCCUUGAGGACACCAACGUCUGUGAACAAUGCUAGCUCUGUUGUGUCAUACACCGCCGUCUUAUCGACGGUCAGUACCACCAGCAAUGGUGUCGUAACAGUGUACACUACAUGGUGUCCACUGGAAAGCACAUUGUCUCAUAACACCAGAUUUUCAGGUACAGAAGUGGAAUCGGUCUCGACAGCGCCAACCUCGAAUAGCCUGCUCACGGUGGACUCAUAUCCUGGAAGUACUUUAGACAGCAAUACACUAGAGGCAGCGAAUAACACUUCGAGCCAUACGAUAAGUCUUAAGGAGUCGACAAGUUACUCAUUAUCUAGUGUAAAUGUCCCCACCUCUUCAGUGGCUUCCUUGAGGACAACAACGUCUGUGAACAAUGCUAGCUCUGUUGUGUCAUACACCGCCGUCUUAUCGACGGUCAGUACCACCAGCAAUGGUGUCGUAACAGUUUACACUACAUGGUGUCCAUUGGGGAUUGAGUCAACACAAAAAAGCAGUUUAAGUAUCGGAUCAAAGCCAAUUGGUUUGCCUCCCACCUCUGGUAUAAAUCUCGCUACAAAUUCAGUUUCGUUUAAGCAAUCUUUUGAUACUGGCGGCAGUUCUAUAUCCACUCACAGAGAGCCCACUGACAUUUCACUUCCCAGUGUGGGAGUCAGCGCUUCCGUCACGAUUGCGGUAAUGACAACGACUACAGUUGAUGCAGCGAACAAGGUUAUAUCAUACACCGCAGUGCUUUCUACUGUUAGUACAACCAGAAAUGGAAUAGUAACCAGAUUCACUACGUGGUGCCCGUUAUCCAAGCUUGAGAAUAAGACAUAUUCUCGGCAGUCCUUUUUGGAGCAAUCUACUACAGGGUAUACAUCUGUAGAAACAACAGGUGCUCAUCAGCCCGCUUCGAUCACUACCAAUUUCCAAGAAGGAACAGCUGGUAGCAUUUCCGGAGCCCUAACCGAUUCGGAGUCCUUCUUGAGCGGUACCAUCUUAAUAACAAGAGAAAGCUGCUCGAAUGAUAUAUGUGAGCAGUCCGAAAAAACCUCAGUGAGAGAUAAAAAUCAAGAAUUAGCGUCAUCAACGGCUGAAACGACAUCGAGCGCAGUUAAAAUAGUUUCGACGUUUACUGAGACAAUUUGUCCGACUUGUACUCAAGCGGUUCCCUUAACACCAACAAUUUCUUCAAUUAACAGGAGAAGUAGUAUUGCAAUCGCUUCGAUUAGCUCCUUCAUCUCAUCAAAAUACCUUUCUUCAACGACACUGGUACUACCUAGCCCUUCAAGCAUAAUUGCUGGUAGCGUAUCGUCUAAAACUCAGGAGACUGUUUAUUUUCAGACCUCAACUAGUUUCAAGCCUUCCGCAGAAUCGGAGGUGUUGCUGAACAACCCUUCUACCAGUAGCGAAUUUAUCCAGACAUCUGCAAUGGUAAAAUCCUCCGCGCAACUUUCCUCAAAUCGGUUUUCACAACGACAGCCACCCAAUCAACAGUCAUCGUCUCUUCAAAUAUCUGCUUCUAUCACGACGGAAUACGCUACUGAAACGUCAAGCUCUUCGAAUCCUUCGGACCAGCCGCGUAGGCCUCAGUUGUCAAGUAUCCUAUCUUUCGACAACCCAUCGUUAACUAUACUCACCAAGAGCACACAUAGUUCUGGUACUUCAGUACAUUUUUUGACGACGACCGAACAUGAACGCUCCAAAGUGUCUAACAGCAUAAGUACUGGCACCAAGUAUAUCGAUACAAGGAGUGUGCUAGAAUCUGAGUCCUUGCGCAGUCCGACUAGUGUAGCUAGUGGCGCACCAACAUCGACUAUUACAAUUCCAUUUACCGUCACCACCUCAAAUAGUCAGAGCUCAGUAACAUUGUUAACAAGCUCAGGCAGCACAAUUAUAACAUCUGCCUCCAGCCCAAAGUAUCAUGGAGCAGGUUCCUCAGUUUCUGCAAUGUCAUCGGGUGGAGCUGGUACAACCAUUUCAAAUGUUGUACCACUGAGCCAGUACACAGGAAGCGCAGUUCGAUUGGUGCCCGAUUUGUUUUAUGCGUAUUUGGCACUUCUUGCAAUUAGCUAA